AUGGCCUAUUAUAUUUAUAGGAGCGUUUUACCAUCUCGCCUCGUUACCCGUCAAGUCAUGUUCCUUCAGCCACAAAAAUUUGCGUUAAGGAAUUCAAACCCUGUUCUAUUUCAAUCGUCGCUUUCGAGAUCUUACACAAACUCUAUUAAAUCCCCUCCUCCUAACACACCUUCCGAAGAGUCUACUUCGUCCUCAAACCUAAAUAAAUACCUGGGUAGAAUCGGAAAAGGCUAUGCAAAACGGCUUCCGACUGCUAUUUUGGCGAAAAUAAUUGUAACUGUCCUUGUUGGUUCUAUAUCAGUGGACCUUCUGUAUGCUUGGUACCGAAAUAGAUGUAACGAACGUCUUCUCAACAAAACAGUGGAAAAAGGUACUCGACCUGAUAUUGGAAUUUCAAGUGACAAGUUUGUUCCACGACCUGAAAUUGUAAAACGCCUUAAGGAAAUUCUUCAGCCUUAUGAAGAUCAAUCAUCUUAUUACAUGGUUUGUGGUGAACAUGGAACCGGGAAAACCACACUGACCAGGAUUGCAUCGAGCGAAGUUGGGAAUGGUGUUAUAUAUGUUGACAUUCCUCCUGAUUUCGAAGUCUUGGGUGAGACUUUUGGAAAAGCUAUUAAUUUUGCAUUUGAAGAAAAGAUUUCUAUCACAGAACAACUGGGACGAAAAAUCUUGGGUAUAACUAAAGACAAGCCUGAGAUUUCUGAAUGGAAGAGAGCUAUGAGAGCCUUCAAGCGUGCUUCUACUGUGUAUAAAGCAAAGUAUGGUAAACCUCCUGUCAUUGUUUAUGACAAUGUUAGUCGAUUGGUUCAUAAGAACCCGGAAAUCCUCGAUAUUCUCCAGGACGAUGCAAAGGAUAAUGCCGAUGACCGAAAGUACAUUGCUGUAUUUGUCAGCAGUGAAGGUUCGGUGCCUAGAAGAAUGGAAUCUCGUAGUUCCUGGUCACGUGCAGAUAAACCAGUGAUGGAAAUCGGUGAUCUUAGUAAAGAAGAAUCUAUAAAUUAUCUAGUUGACAAGCGUAAGAUAAAAAAGGAAGAAGCAAUAAGAUUAUAUGAGUUGGUUGGUGGUCGUAUUGUUGAUCUAAAAUCUGUAGCGGAUAAAUCUCUGGCCAAACAACCCUUUGAAGUCAUUAAACAGUCGAUUUUAGGUGAAGUUGAAAAGAAAUUCAACACUGCACAACUCCUCCGAAAGCAGUUGCAUCAUGAAGUAGGAAAGAAAGCGAUCAAAGCUUUAUUUGACUCUAAAGAGUUGGGCUUUACAACAUUUAUGGAAUUUUUCAAUGAUUAUGAAGAAGCCAGCAAAGUAUUGGAAACUAAUAUAUUCGCGUACCAUCCGGAAAAAAAUACUGUUAGCUUUCAGUCUCAAUCAGUAGAAUGUUAUAUUCGGGAAAAGGCAGACAUAUUCAUUAAAUAG